CGGGAGCAGCGACGGGGAACUGCACAUUGUUUUGGAUGGGAGUUGUGCUGUCAUUCUCCUCCGAGUGCAUCUCCGAGGGAAACAAAGGCGAAACGGCAACAACAGCACGACUCGCUGCUUGGAAAGGGGAUGCUAGGAACACGCAGUUAUUCUUGCGACUAUGGUGGCACAGUUUACGAACAUAACUGCACAUUUGUAUCUAAAACGUCGCUGUUUGUGGAUUGGUGUCGUUUUGGACGAAAAUGCUUUUUGGAAUAACUCGCUGAGGUAGAUUGUCAACCGCGAGAACUUAGCAAACUGGAGAAAGUUAACGUUACGUUAUAGAUGGGUCAUUAAUGAACGCACUGUGGCAAUGGCAACAAACUACACGCUGUAACAAAACAAUGAGGAGUGUUUAUAUGUGCCCUAAAUAAAAUUAUCAGUUAAAAGCUUGAAGUCUAACGAAGUCUAGUUUUAUUUCUGUGUAAACAUCAGAGGCAAACAUGAGGAUGGAUUCUGGCAGAAGCAGAAUUUCUCCAUGCUGCUUCAUGGGGUGUAGGACUCAGGAUCUCAGGACCUACCUGUUUACCUUUAUGGUGUUUUACCUGCUAGUGUGCACUGAAGGGUCCUAUCCUAAAACCUGUGAUAAAAACUGCAUUUAUGGAAGGUGCGUUAAUGGAACUUGCGUCUGUGAGCAGGGAUGGACAGGAGAUCAGUGUCAGCAUUGUCACGGAAGAUUCAAGUUGACGGAGUCAUCAGGAUCACUCACUGAUGGACCGGUUAACUACAAAUACAAGACUAAAUGCACCUGGCUUAUUGAAGGAUACCCAAAUGCUGUGCUCAGGUUAAGGUUUAAUCAUUUUGCUACGGAGUGCAGUUGGGAUCAUCUGUAUGUCUUUGAUGGAGACUCGAUUUACGCUCCGUUGGUAGCUGUGUUCAGUGGCCUGGUUGUCCCAGAAACAAAAGGAAAUGAAACCAUCCCAGAAGUUGUGACCACAUCUGGGUACGCAUUGUUGCACUUUUUCAGUGACGCUGCCUACAAUCUCACAGGAUUCAACAUCUUUUAUUCGAUCAACUCCUGUCCUAAUAACUGUUCGGGUCAUGGAAGGUGCACCACGGGUAACUCAAUCUCCAGCAGUGUUUACUGUGAGUGUGAGCGGUACUGGAAAGGUGAAGCAUGUGAUAUUCGCUACUGCUGGGAUGACUGUGGCAGUCCUGAUCGUGGAUACUGCGACCUCACUGGUGAAAAGCUCUGCGUUUGCAAUGACAGCUGGCAAGGUCCAGACUGCUCUUUAAAAGUUCCUUCAGCUGAGUCCUACUGGUUCCUGCCUAAUUUGAAGCCUGAUGGUCAGUCACUUGGUCGGGCUUCCCAUAAAGCAGUAGUUCAUGGGAAGCUGAUGUGGGUUAUUGGAGGCUUUACCUUCAACUACAGCUCCUUUCAGAUGGUUAUGAAUUAUAAUCUAGAGAGCAGUACAUGGGAUGUAGUGCCAAUCAAUGGUGGACCCCUACAGCGCUAUGGACACUCUCUUGCUCUUCACAAAGAUGCCAUCUACAUGUUUGGUGGGAAGCUGGAGGCAGGUUUUGGGAAUGUAACAGAUGAGCUGUGGCUGUUUGAUACACAUAGUCGAUCUUGGUCCCUCAGGACACCCAGCCCUGGCCUUCAGGCUCAGCAGUUUGCCGUUGAGGGACAUACUGCUCAUAUAGUGGAUAAUAGAAAUGGAGAGCCCAUCAUGGUGGUGCUUUUUGGCUAUUCACCUAUUUACAGCUAUCUCAGCCACGUCCAGGAGUACAACAUUCGCACUAACUCCUGGUCGGUGGCAGAGACGAAUGGGGCGCUGGUGCAGGGAGGAUAUGGCCACAGCAGCAUUUAUGACAGCUCUUCACAUUCCAUAUACGUCCAUGGAGGAUACAAAGCUCUUCCUGCCAGCAAACAUGGCCUAGUGGAUCAUUUAUACCGCUAUCAGGUCCACACACACACAUGGUUUAUCCUGAAGGAAAGUGGUCUGGCACGAUACCUCCACUCCGCUGUGCUGAUCAGCGGAGUUCUGCUGGUGUUCGGUGGAAACACUCAUAACGACACCUCGCUCAGUAACGGGGCCAAAUGUUUCUCCUCCGACUUCCUCUCCUAUGACAUCGCAUGUGAUGAGUGGACGGUUCUUCCAAAUCCUAGUCUUCACCGGGAUGUCAACCGUUUUGGACACACAGCUGUUGUCAAUAAUGGAUCCAUGUACAUUUUUGGUGGUUUCUCUGGUGUGAUCCAGAACGAUGUGCUGGUGUUUAAGCCUGCCAGCUGUGAGGCCUUCGUCAGGGAGGAUGUUUGUCAGAGUGCUGGUCCUGGAGUUCGCUGUGUCUGGAUUGAAAAUCGCUGUGAACCCUGGGACUCCAGUCAUGCUAAUGACAGUGUGCCUGCCUCCUUCUGCCCUGCACGCACCAAUGUAGCUGAUAAGCAGUGUCAGCAGUUUUUUGACUGUGCUUCCUGUACGGCCAACACCAAUGACUGUCAAUGGUGCGAAGACAAGAAAUGCAUCUCUUCUUUAAGCAACUGCACUGUGCUUACAGUUGAGCUUGCUCACCACCCUCGAGGUCCGCUGUACCUCAAUCCUCCCCCUGCUAUGCUGUCUGAACACCAACUCUCUAUUUGGAGACCCGGUGUGCGCAAAAACGGCCAGUCUGUGAAGAACCAUACAAAAUGUAGCGUUCGAAGUGAGCAGGUUUGUAGCAAACUGGUGAACUGCAGGAGUUGCUCGCUUAAUAUUAACUGCCAGUGGGAACCACAACAGCAAGAAUGCCAUGCUUUACCUGCUCAUUUGUGUGGCGAGGACUGGAGUCAGGUUGGAGAUGCGUGUCUGAGGCUGAACGCCAGCAGGGAGAGUUAUGAUAAUGCCCAGCACUACUGUAAGAACCUGGAGGGCAGCAUCGCCUCCCUGACAUCAGCCAGACAGGUGGAGUUCAUCCUGGAGGAGCUGCAGAAGUAUCAGAUGCAGGAGCGGAAACUAACUCCCUGGGUGGGUCUAAGGAAGAUAAAUGUUUCAUACUGGGGAUGGGAGGACGCGUCUCCCUUUACUGCCAGCACACUGCAGUGGUUACCAGGAGAGCCGAGUGACUCAGGGUUUUGUGCUUACCUGGAAAGAGCUGAGGUAGCCGGACUCAAAGCCAAACCCUGCACUGCCAACACCGAGGGGCUGAUCUGUGAGAAGCCCGUUGUAAGUCCAAACCUUAGCGUGCGUCCAUGUAAGAUGCCCUGUGCCCUGCGAACCACCUGCGCCAACUGCACCAGCCAGGCCAUGGAGUGCAUGUGGUGCAGCAGCACUAAACGCUGUGUGGAUUCCAAUGCGUAUGUGAUCUCCUUCCCCUUCGGCCAGUGUCUGGAGUGGCAGACUGGAGACUGUGGAGCUCAGAACUGUUCAGGUCAUCGCACAUGUGGCCAAUGUCUGGAACAGCCUGAUUGUGGCUGGUGUGGAGACCCCACAGACACAGGACAGGGCCAGUGCAUUGAGGGAUCAUACCGUGGACCAAUGAGGAGCCUGAGCAGACAGAGCCGAGAGAGAGUACUCGACACCAGUGUCUGUUCAAGGGAAAAAGGCUUCGACUGGGCCUACAUAACCUGCCCAGCAUGCCAGUGUAAUGGACACAGUACGUGUAUUAAUGGCAGUGUAUGUGAGCAGUGCAAGAAUCUCACAGCUGGGCUGCACUGCCAGUUCUGUUUACCUGGUUAUUAUGGAGACCCCACUAAUGGAGGGAAAUGCCAAGCCUGCAGAUGUAACAACCAUGCCAAUGUCUGCCACUCCAGCUCAGGAAAAUGCUACUGUACUACUAAAGGGGUCAAAGGAGACCAGUGCCAGCUAUGUGAUUCUGAAAAUCGCUAUCUUGGCAACCCACUAAGAGGAACAUGUUACUAUAAUCUACUGAUAGACUACCAGUUUACCUUCAGUCUGCUUCAGGAAGACGAUCAGCACUACACUGGUAUUAACUUCAUGGCAAAUCCAGAAGAGACCAAUAAGAACCUCGAUAUGUCAAUUAAUGCAUCAAACAAUUUCAACCUCAACAUCACAUGGUCCAUCGGUUCAACAGCAGGUACGAUCUCCGGGGAGGAAUUCCCUAUAGUGUCCAAGACUAACAUCAAAGAGUACAGAGACAGUUUCUCCUGCGAGACCUUCUCCUUUCUUGCAAAUCCCAAUAUCACUUUCCAUGUGUAUGUCAGCAACUUCUCAUGGCCAGUCAAAAUACAGAUAUCCUUCUCUCAGCACAGCAGCAUCAUGGACCUGGUGCAGUUCUUUGUCACAUUUUUCAGCUGUUUCCUGUCCCUGCUGUUGGUUGCUGCUGUGGUUUGGAAAGUCAAACAGACGUGCUGGGCAUCACGCAGGAGAGAGCAACUAAUGCGAGAGCGCCAGCAGAUGGCCAGCCGUCCGUUUGCCACUGUCACAGUCGCACUCGAGGCUCCAGAGGAAGAGGAGGAGCUUCUGCAGGGCCAGGCGGAUGCUGGUCCCAUAGCUGUGGAGCCAUGUUCUGGGAAUAGUGCUGCUGUGCAAACAUUGCUGAUGAGUCUUCCACGGGCAUCUUCUGGAGUGUCUCCCCCUGGUCAAUGUGGCAUCACUAUCGCCAGCGCUCUCAUUGAUACGUCUCAGCAGAGGCCCGGCGACUUCAAAGACAAGGCCUUGAGUCUAAAGAGCCGCAAACAGCAGCAUGCGGUGCACCAGGGAACCUGCGUUUGAAGCAACCGACUGACCCUCUCAUUCUCAUCUUUCUGUUCUUCUCCUUCUCGUCCAGCAGAUGAUGAGAGAGCAGCUCUUGAAGUGUAAAUGACAAAGGAGGGUCGAGACAUUAGUAGUCGUGUGUGGCUCCUCCUGAAUUGCACGCUCCAUAGUGGAGCACCUAUUCCCUCAGUAUUGCUUGAACCUCUGUGGAGGACAUCUGCAUUUUGAUUGCACACAUUGGCUUUCUGUUUUUCCGACAGCUGUUUCUCAAAAAGGGAGGGAGUGUGUGAAUAAGACUCACUCCAACCCAAAAUAGGAACAGGUUUCAUGCCAGAAUUAGUCAUGCGGUCAUGUAUGUCGAGGUAUUGAAAAUAAACCUUGCUGUAUACGAGGUGUCGGUGAGUGAUAUGUCUGUUGAUGACUCUGUAUUUACUGUUAAUAAUGGUCUGAUUGUAUGAUAAGUUUAAUUUUGGAGGUCAAAAUUGGAUUUGUUUCGGAGAACUACAGUAACCCACCAAGCAAUUUUAUGUUUAAAAGACACUUAAUAGACAUCUAAACAUAGGUGUGUUGAUUAAGACAAGGCUAUAUUUCAACUGUGAGUGAAAAUCUAUUAUGGCCCGUUUCCACUGAGUGGUAUAGUACGGUACAAUAUGGUUCACCUUUAUCAGGCCAAUGGUACCCUUUUGGUGGGCGUGCUGUACGAUAGAAAGUUUCAAUCGACAUCAUUCUCGCUCAAGGGAAUGUUAAAGUAAAGCUGUACGGGUCGUUCACAUAUAAUACGAGAAGCUCUUCUCACAAAACAGAUGCUUUAUACACAUAAAUACUUGUGUAUAAAUGUUCAUUACUAACCUUUCUAUGAAGAUGAUUUGAUUAUAACUACAGAUCAAUGAUACCACGUCUGUGAUUAUAUAAAAUAAAUAAAUUAGUAUAACAUAUAUGAACACAUACAGACCCUUACAGUAUCCAGUAUGUUACCAAUUACAGAGAAACUACACACAACAUACAUUUAGUCCUUAUUUGGGUAAAAAAAAAACACACACAACAGAUAGCCCACAGUCAGUGCAAACCUCUCAUCUGUAUCUUAAUAUUCACCAGCACAUGUAACCUCUUGUUAGAAAGUAAUUCCGUCAUUCUGAAUUCAUAAUAUUCCAAAAGGUGAUAAAAUAGUUAAACAUGGCAGUUUACGUUCAUCUUUUAGGUUGCUGUAAAAAUCAUUUGCUCCUUUGUUUUUUCUGGCUUCUUCUUAGUGUUUUAACGCUUCGCUCUUAAGUUUGUCCCUUUUGUAAGGAUGUCAAAAGCACUUCAAUAAUCUCGUGCACGUUAUUAUCAUCAGCUCAAGAAGUUCGUCAUUUCAAAUAUAGACGCACGAGCGACCUUGGGCUCCCUGGAGAAAGUGAAACCGCUCGCGCUGUAGACAGGACACGGCAGAUUUUGUUCUUCUUGAAUUUGUGGCUGUUCAUCAAGACGACUAGGUUUAUUUAAGCUCGGCUCGACAAUGGUUUGUUAUUAUGUGUAUAUAGUAUUACGAUGUAAUGUUUGUGUACUUAAAAAUGGUGCGUCCUUUGUUUUCAAUCUUACAAGCUAGUGACGCAUCCCUGUAAACCAAUAGCAUUCAGCUGCGCAUCUAGCUCUGCCUUUUAGUACCCUUUUGUCAUGCUUGGUAUCAUUUGGAAAGGGUACUUAAAAAGUGGUACAGUUCACUUUUUGGAACCUUUUGAUAGUGUAAACGGCCAUAAAACCAUACCGCUCAGUGAAAACGGGCCAUUAGAUAGUCCAACAGAGUCCAGUUUGUUCCUGUCUCUUUGAUGACUAGUAUUUUUGGGGGUUAUUGUUAGACAUCUAUUAGAUUUUCACUGAAAGCAUAAAUGUAGCUUUGUUUUAGCCAAAACAUCUAUUGCCGAGCAGGUGUACGACAUCAAAAAACACGUCAAAAAUGCUAAAUGAUUUGAUGUCAAAACCUUGACGUCCAUUUCACAUCCACACAUUCAUGCCUAUUUGACCACCAAAAUAAAGACAUAAAAGUAUUAUAAUAAAAGAGAACUUCUAUUCAACUGAAAGCUUCAUUACAAAUAUCAAAUUUACACUGGGUUUUGAUUCCCUACAAUGCAUGUACACUACCUUGAUCAACAUCUAACUUUGGCAUCAAAAAAACAUCAAAAAUUGAAUACAAGAAUGUCUUGUAUAUUAGAUUUGUGAUGCCAUUGUUAGAUGUCAAUUUGAUGUAAUUUUUACAUCAAGGUGGACAAUUGACAUCAAAACCAUUAGCAUUUUUGUGUGUUUUUUGACAUCAAAGUGCCUACUCGGUAGACCUGUUUUUUAACAUUAGUGUACAUAAGAUACAUUAGGGUACAUUUACACAACAAAAAUAUAUUAAAUACAUUUUCUUUUGCAUUUUUGUUAGUGUAAAUACAAAACAAAAUGUUGUUUUAUGCAUUCCAGGACAGUAGAAGUUGAUGUCACUUUGUAAAUAAAACUUCAAAACCUUCCUGAAGUCUACCAUUGUUGUUUUAGCUGUCAAGUACUCAUGCAUGUCUAUAGAUUGAAUAUGUGAUAUGCAUGUGCAUGAUGUCAUUGUUUACAUGAUUUUGUAGCUUACAAUCAUGGAAAUCACCUUCAAAAUUACACACUUUAAAACACGUCUGCCAAAGUUAUGAAGUUAAGUAACAGGCAAAAUGGAUAAAACAUUCUUGGCUUUUAGCUGAAAAUGUUGUUGUGUAAAUGUACCCUUAGUGCUCAAACAAGACAAGCACUUAAUUAAAGCUUGUAGUCUAUAGGUGCGUCCUAAAUCGCAUACUUAUACACUAUUCUACGCCAUUUUGUAUAAAUAGUGUAAGUAGUGUAUUCACACUGAAAACUAUAAAAAUAAUAAAUACCCGGAUAAUGCACUUAUUCAACCGUUAAAAUGAAGUGUGAAAUGUUGGACACUCAACAGGCACUGCUUUGCUCACUUAGUGGAAGGAGCACAGCUUUCGGACACUGACGUUGGAUUACUUUAUUUAUUUUGGAUUGUAAAUGCCGUAUUCUCCUAUGAGAGUGAUUAUACCACCUCCUUAUGGUGAAUGCGGUUACACUCAUUGCAGGUAUCAUUUGGUAGUUUGGUCAUUCAUUUCGCUAAUUUGAUCAAACGUCAUCCGGGAUUUGAAUUUCCUUUGUAAAAAAAAAGGUUAGUGUUCCAUUUGGGAUGACAUUACAUUCUUAUACUACGCUGUUGAGUGUGUACUUAAGUGCAAGAGUACAUAGUGGAUAAGAGUAUAGUGUGCCAUUUGGGACGCAGCUUGUGUCUUUUAGCUUUGAGGUUGUUGUGGUUUUUUCUGUAUGCUACACUGAACAACAAAAUUGUGUUACAAUUUACUCUGAAACCAUUUUCUUUCUGGAAUGUCCCUUAAAUUGUAAACAUAAUUAGAAAGUUAGGAAUUAGGGUGUAAAAGGAAAAUGAAGGGUCAUGUGACACUGGUGAUUCAAUAAUGGCUGCUAAAAAUUCUACUUAAAUCACAGGAAUAAGUUACAUUUUACUUUACAUUUUAGAAAUCUAGAUAAAUAAAAUUGAAAAUUAUUUUAAAUUAUAUCAUAAUUUCCAUGAAUUUACUAUAUUUUUUAUUAAUAAAUGUGACAUUAGUUAAGUUAAAAUUCUAUAAAUCAGAAUCUUACCAACAUUUAACAGAAAGUUAAAGAACGUUUUUAUCCAAACGCCAAUAAUUAAAAGUCAAGCAUUAAAAUUGUUUAGUUUAGUUUAGUUUAGUUUAGUUUAGUUUAGUUUAGUUUAGUUUAGUUUAGUUUAGUUUAGUUUAGUUUAGGUAAACGGUUUUUAAGCAGUUUUUUUAAAGCAGUUUUUAAUUUUUCAGACAGGUUUGGUAUUUAAAUAUCUUACAAUUGACAAAUAUGUGCCAGUGAAGAGCUUUCCACCAAUGAAGGGAACAUACAGUACAUUUAUAAUGGUUCUGAGGAAAAAAAACACAGGCUUGAAUGUCUAUAGAAUUUAUGUCUAGUAUUCAUCAAACUAAAAUUACCCUAAGUAUCUGUUCAUGUCUGUUUAACAUGUUAAUAAAAAACGUGUUGCCUGUAUAUCUAUAAUUGUAAAUUGUCAUAAUGUUUUUAUGUAAAACUGUAUAAUGUUAUGUCUUCUGAAAUUCCACAAAUCUCACAUGCACGUUUCAUCGCAUUUUCCCAGUGUUUCCAAAACCAACAUGUGUUGCACUUAAACCCUUUAUUAUAUUGAAUCCUUUAUAAUAAUAAUUUUGUCUGGUCAUAUUUGUGUGAGAUGUGCUUUAAUAAACCAGCCUAAAGGGAUAGUUCUCCCAGAAAUAUAAAUCCUGUCAUCAUUUACUCAUCCUCCCAUCAUUCUAAUCCUGUAUGCAAUUUACUUCUGAAUCAAGGGGGGAAAAAAAUCAAUAUUUUAGUAAACAUAUAAUUUUGGUGCCCAUUGACUUUCAUUGUUUUGACUUUUUAUAUAUAAAUAUAUAUUGACUUUUAGACUGAUGACAGACUUUAUUUCUUUGGGUGAACAGUAAAAUGGGAGCCACAUACAGUAUUCUAAUUUCCAAAGAGACUUUUUUGGGGGUUUUCAUUGCAAUUAUGAUUCAAAUUUAACUGAUUGUUUCUGCAAACUCUUGAAUGCGUGUGUGUAUAAUAUCUAACAAAUUUAUCACUCGUUUGCACUGUCACACAGGUCACUAAUGUAUAAUAUUACUGCACUACAAAAACAAUGUCACCGUGUUGUCUCUUGUCUCUCUAAGGCAUUUGUUUUUGUUUAUUUAUUCUCAUUUGCAUACUUGAGUCGUAACCUUUUGUAAAGUGUUUAAAUGCUAAGGAGUUUUCUGGUCUCACAACGUUAUGUAAUAAUUUACUCUCUACAAAAUCAAAUGAAAUGCCGCCAAAGAACGUUCAUGUUUAUGCAAAAAUAAACAUUUUGAUAAAUCUGUUAAAUGCUUUAGUUUUCUUUUUGAAACUCUGUGAUCUACCGAGUCUUACAGAACAAACAAUGUGGGAUGAGUGA